GGGAUAUAUGUAAGCAUGCGAUGCGCCGCGGAAAUGUAUUUCCAGUUGCUCAGUCACUCAAACAAUGAAUUUUGAAGGAAAAACUAGUAAAUCUGAUCGUCAAGUUAUCCAUAAAAAUGUUUCAGUCAGAAAGCUGAAAACAAAGACAAGUGAAAAAAGUUUUAUCUGGACAAAUGUCACGCUUCAUAUUAUACUAUUUCUUAUGGCAAUAACAGCUGGUUAUUUGCAUUGUUUUCAUGUUUCGAAUUUGCAUGAAAAUGACCUGUUUUUCUCACACUUAUCCAAUUUGGAGCGUGAGCUGACAUUUAGGACUGAAAUGGGAUUUUACUACUCCUACUUUAAACAAAUCGUUUUAGCAUCAACUUUUGUGGAAGGAUUCAACUCAUUGCUUACUGAUACUAGGACUGAAUAUCCGCCUUGCUUAAGCCUAGUAAAUGAUACAGGUACUCAAAAGACUAAUCAAUGUGCAAAUCUUAAUUCUAUUGAACGAUUUAAUCUGUAUCCUGAAUUGUUGCUAGCUGGUGCUUACAGAUUCUUACACACAUUUGAUUUGAUCAGACAUUACUGUUUUCAAGUUAAAAGAGAUCCACCGACUAAUCCAAUCGCGAUUGCUAUAAAUCCAAAUAUAAUGGCAAAUUUAUCACAACUUAGAAAGCUAGAUGUAAUACCAUCGAAUCAAUUGAAGAUCAACAGUAACUCGAUUAUAAGUUGUGAUGGAUCUGGCGAACCGCCAUAUUUCUAUGUAAAUUCAGUAUUCAUUUUGUCAGGUCUGGUACUCUUCGGUUUAACUUACUCUGGUUGGUUUGUUGCUAAGAUUGGGAGUUCAAAUCAAUCUAAAAUGGAUCAUAUACUACAGCUUAUUGGCGGAUUUCUUCCAAUUUUAGCAUAUUUCUCUAAUCAUAGAGAAGCUACACGUGUUCAAUGGACUCCACCAUUGAGAGAAAGCUUUGCUUAUCCAUUCUUUAUAAUUCAACAGUCUUUUUUAUUAGGUUAUUUUGGAUCAAAUCAAAUGUUACGAUCAUAUCGAGGGAAAAGUUUCAUUUGUUUACCAAUAUACUGUAUACUGCUAUUGAUUUGUCAAAUUUCAUGGCAAUUUUCCCAAUUCGCUUUACUUACUCAAAUUAUAUCGAUUAUUUGUGCCUUUUGUUUAUCACUAUCAUCAAAUACCCCUUAUUCUCCUAGUUCAAACCAACAAAAAUCAGUUAUUCUAAGCCUUUUAUUCAAAAUAAAACAGAUCAUAUGGAUUCAUUUAAUUGUAUUCAAUUUAUCAUUUAUAUUACAAUUUGGCAAUCGUUUACUUCUACAGUCUGGUUAUAUGUUUAUUCUACUAAGUAGUUUAUUAAGUGUAUAUAUACUUCAACAACUAUUAAAUACCUAUAAUUCAAUGACAAUUAAAAAGAAAGAAGUAUCUACUCGAUCAUCAAUGAUGAAUAUUACAUUUAUACGUUUUCUAUGCUUACCAUUAUUGGUUGUCUGUCUAUGUACGAUCGGAUUAAGUUUACUAUUCUCAGUUUUUUCAAAGUAUGCUUUCAAUAAUAAUUAUGAUUUAAACAGAAAUAAUGAUAAUAAUCACAAUGAUGGGGGUCAUAUAUGGGAUUUAUUAAAGCAUAAAUUAACCAUAUUAUUUGGUAUUACAACUUAUAAAACAUUUCAUACAAUGUUGUAUAUAUGUGCACCAGAGUUUGAUUUUAUCAAUUGGGCCACUUUAAAACAACCUCUUGAAACUGGUCUUAUAUACGGUUCCAUUCUAGUCUGCUUCAUCGUUUCUUUUAAAUUAUUCAGGAACUUGUUCAGUUCUCAUCGUCACCAUCAUCUUUCAGUAACUGUAAAUAACCAGUUGUUUAACAGUGAUAAUUUUUCAAGCUAUGAAUAUUCAUUUCAAAUAUUGCGAGAUUUUAUUUCACUAUUAGUUAUCAUUCAGAUCAGCAUAAAAGAUGAAUUGUACCAUUCAAUCAGUAGAAUGGACGUUCAGAAUUGUAAUUUUCUAUCAACUAAUCUUUCAACAUGAUAAAUUUGCUAUAAUUAUGGGCUUUUAAUAUAUUAAUGGUUUCGAAAAGACUUAUUUGCAAUGUUAAGUCCUUUAAUUCUAAUCAUUUAUUUAUGUGCAAUGUAUUUUCAUUACUAAAUGUCUGAACUGCCAUUAAUACCUGACAUUUAUGUAGAAGUACUGAUAUUUUGAUGAGUAACAUAUAUAGUGAUUUCUCAAGCGAUUCAUGCUACAAGUAACAACGAACGAACCAAAUAGUACAUAAUUAAUUGGUAAUAAUUUAGGAAUAGCAAAAUAUGUUAGUGCAGUUAAUAUGUCUAUUGUGAGCUUAGAAUAAGAAGAACAUAUAAAUACAGUUAUCUAAUGAUUACGUGUAAAUAAUAAUGAUCUAAAAAUGGUCCUGAAAGUCCCAACUUACCCAAUACUCGUCUCUUUAUAAUGUGAACACAAUUUUCCACCUAAGUAUGUAGCAUGCUAAGAAGUAAAUAUUAUCUUCCUUUAGACAGGUUCGAAUCGUUGAUAGCAUGAUUACCAGGACUCAUUCUUACUAAAAGGUAAUCACUGCAUAAAUUAUUGGCUUUUAACAUGAACUCCUAUUGUUCCGGCGAUAUACAUUUUCUAUUCCCAGUCUUAAGUCUGAACAGAAGAACAUAAUAGGAAAGCUUCUAUUACUAAAUUCCAGGCCCUCGUUAUAUAUAUUGGUCAGAUCACUAUAUACCUUGAAUAUGAAAUCAUAUUUUACAUACGAUCAUGCUAUAUGUGGGACAUAACAGAUAAAAUAAUACAUAGUUACCUAACGAUAAUUAAGGAAUAAUAAAAUGUAUAACAGUGGUUGAUAAGUCCACUUGAAGCUUGCAUUUCAAGGAGUACAGCAGUCUAAUGAUCUAAAAAUUGAAUGGUAAAAAUAUAAGCCAUAUCAGUCCGUAAAGCAGUUCCUAAAGUUCAAAACUACACUACUCUCUUCGCUACAAUAACUUAGAAAUAAAGUACGUAAUAUACAUAUGUAGCCCACUUCUAGUCCCACAUUCCAACUGUUCUAUAAAACUCGUGAUGAAAAUGAAUUUGUCGAGGCGAUUCUCACAGGAUGAAUGCUUGUCAAAAAAUUCUGAUGAAAAUUUAAUCCUAAAUACCAACACGGGAUAAUUAAAAUCCUUACUAAUAUUGAUGUAAAUGUCAUUCUCGUUAGACAACUUAAUCGUUAUCUAGUCUCAGUAGCUCCAGCAGAUAAUGUAUCGGGGUUUGGGACUAGAGGUAUUGAGUUUCAGUGACAAUGCCAACACCACACUGGAAUGUAGGUUCAUUCAGUUGACAAGUAUCAAACAGGAAGAAACUCACUUUCAGAAUUCCGUAGCUAGUUACAAACCAUCUAUGUUAUAUACAGUGUUACCGAGAAGCUUCUCAAAUCUCCCGCUUUCUAGAACUUUCUGAAGAUUGUUUGGAACUAAAGUUUUCGGCUUUGUGGAAUUUACAUCUUUCAGUUAACUUCAUAAUCAAAACCAUAUUAUAUGAUUGUCAUUUGUCCAAAAACUCAUAGGUCCAUCCAGCAUACAUUCCUUUCCAACUUGUUUCCAAUUUCUGAUGGCUAGGACAGAAACUAAACUAGUGUUGGUACAAUUUCUAAACAAUAUUAUUAUCUUGCCUAUGGUUCUGCAAAAUUUUAUCAUAGUAACCAUCUACCUAUGUUGUAUAUCGUGUCAUAAAACUUAUUUGAAAUAAAACUUUAGUUCUUAUUCUUAAAUUAUUUUUUAAAAAUUGCAUGAAUUUACGGCUAUGUAGUUGGCGAUUUUUACGAUUAUGGCUAUGUUAAUUAUGAGACUCAAACUGUUCUGGACACCUCAAAUGUGUUUAUCACUCGCUAUAUUAGCUCAGCCUACACGAUGGUUUGAAAUGUUUCAUGAAGUGAAAAGCAUUGGUGGCCGUGUAUUUCGUACAUCGUCAUUGAAUAGCGCCUGUGAACCUGAAAAAAAGACAAAACGUUUAUUUUGGUUUCAUCAUGUUAUUUAUACAACAAUACUAGUAUUGUUCAUAGCGUUUAUGGCUGGACGUGGUUUGGAGAAUUUGAAAUCUGAAUGGAGUAUACAAGGUUCAUUUAGUGCGUAUGAAAGUGAAAUAUUAAUUAAUUGGUUUCGAAGUUUACCGCAAAAACGUGAAGAUUCUACCUUAUCGUCAUCAUCCUUAUCAUGGAUUAUAUCUGGACCAAUGUCUUUGUUGGGCAAUCUACGUUUAACAUUACCAGCCUCUGCUCCUUAUCCAUCUACUCAAAUUGUUUCAUUGAAUGAAUCUGGAUUUGCUUUUACAAAUCAUCCACAUUAUGAGAAUACAAUGCUUCGUUAUAGAACUAUUUUAGCUUAUGGGAUUUAUAGUCGUAAACCUGUUCAUGAUGUAUGGCAUACAUAUCGUCAUAUUUUAAAAGCUGAUUUUGUAAUAGUAGAAACUCAUACAUGUCCGUCUAGAGGUGGAUGCAGUAAACCGGAACUUUUUGAUCUACUCGAUACAAAUCUUGCUGGACGUCCAGCACUAUGUGAAUCACUAAUGAAUAUACAAGUUUUAAAAGCUGGUAGAACUCCGAGUACUUUGGAACCAUAUUUUACAGUUGUUUAUGUUGAACUGUACACAGGCAGAGUUGUACUAUAUGUGAAUAAAUUGACGUAAUAUAUAAUGGAAGCAAGUAGGCUGCUUACAGCUUUAAAGAUUAUGUACAGUGUCGCCAUGAAUGUAUGUUACCCAGAUGCUCAAUCAUUUGUGAUUACAAUGUAAAUCUCUUUGUAAACACAAACUACUAAUCAUUUCAUUUUUAAAAUGUUAUUAAAUCUAAUAUUAUCAAAAGUUAUGCAUAGCAUUUAAAUAAACGUUAUUUGAUUGUUGUUU